AAAUCAAAACUUCCUGUUCAUCGUCAACACGUGUGGUGAUGCCACAUGAAGUCUUUUUUAUUUCUAAAACACUGUGUGAUCUACCAUGACUGAUAAAGGUGAAACACAGAAGCGUAGAAUUCACGUUGGGGGCCUGUUCCCAACCAUCACAGCCAGUGAACUUGGUGACAAAUUUUCAAAAUUUGGAACUGUAGCCAACGUGGAAGUAAAAAUUAGAAAGAAUGAGAAUGGUACGCCAGAAAAGACAUUCGCAUAUGUUGAUUUUGUGUCCACUGAAGCCAACUGGAAGAAAUGCUUGAGCACAUUUAACCAUACCAAGUGGAAAGGAUCAGAAUUGAAGCUGGCGUUAGCAAAACCAAGUUUUCUUGAAAAGUUAGCAGAUGAACGACAACAUGGUAAGGAUGAGGAUUCGACACAGCAGCUCUCUGAGACAUCUCACCUACACAAUCCACUACAGAACCUGGCAAACAACCAGAGCUUUGAGUUGCGAGGAGCUGUUCCUGGAACCCCCAUUCCAGGAGAGAAGAACUGGGUUGUAGGAAAGUAUGGUAGAAUUCUUCCAAUACUACACCUGAAAAAAGAUGGGAAACAAAAGUUGAUUACUCAUGAUCCAUCAAAGUACUGUCACAGUUUGAAAAGGCUAAAAGACGAUGACAUCAGUAAUGUCAGUCCCACUGAUCUAACAUGGGAGAUAACUCACACAGACAGUGCGAUAAUGAAGAAGCAAAAGGGAAAUUUUAAAUCUUGGGCUUCAAAGAAAAAGACGCACACAGAUCAGAACUACUUGAUGUUGAAAAAGUUUUAUGAUAAAAAGCUCGAACAGUCUAAAAAUGGUGUCAAUGAUGAAUCAGAUUCAGACGACUUUGAAGUUGUUCAAGUGUCCAACAAAGUCAACAAUGAUGAUAAUGAUGAUUCGGCUGAUUCGGCAGACACUGAUGAAAUUAUUGCAAAUACACAAAGCAGAAGCAAAAUGGCAUCCAAGUCAUCACAUGGGCAUUCUGAACAGUAUGGUACUAGUUUUGUUAAUACUGAUAACAGUAUAACAGACAAAUCUAGUAAACCUUCUGUCCACAAUUCACUGGUCAAAACAUCUGAAUCAUUGACUUCAAGAUUCAAGAGUGAUUCUCCGUUAAGUAAAAAUAAUUCUUCCAUCAAAACACAACAAUUAAGUAAAUCUUCUACCCACAAUCCAUCAGUCAAUAUGUCUGAUUCAUUGUCUUUAAGAUGUAAGAAUGAUUCUUCAUUAGCCAAUCAUAAUUCUCCCAUGAAGUCACAAAAAAUGAGUUUCACAAGUAAAUACAGUUCUAGUUUGGAUAGUUCAUCUGACACUUCAUCAGACAGAGACCACAGCAGUGUGAGAGCUCUGAAAAAGAAGCUAGCAGAUUCUACCUCUAAAGGUAAUGGACUGGAAUCACCAGCAGCUAAACAAGCGAAACAUUCUGAAACCUUUAACACUAAAUCAGAUAUAUGUAGUCCAAUAUCUUGCACAUCAGAUUCACGUGAAUUGACUCAUCUCCAUGGCAGAAGUUCAUCUAAAUCAUCAAACAGUUGUAAAUGGAAGAAGCCCACUGUCCCAGAAUUCAAAGGAUUGUCAAUGUUGACUAGUGAUAGUGAAAAUAAUGACACAUCAGAAAAUAUUAGCACAUGUCAAAUAAACACUGGUGUUAAUUCAUUAAUACAGAUAAAUGAAAGUGCAGAUGCAGAUAUUUCUGAUACAGGUUCUGAUGCAGGAUCUGCCAACUCAGCAGACACUGAUGACAUCAUUUCCAAUGCCAAGAAAAACAUUAAAACUAAAUGUAAAGAACAACGCCAAAAAUGGUGGAAUUCUAUGGAUGAGUAUUCUCCUGGUUUUUCUCUCAUUGAUGUAGAUGUCUCUUACACACAAAGGAAACAGCAAACUGAUGAUGAUAGUGAUGAUGAUGAUGUUGAUGAUGAUUUUGCUAAGCUUAGCAAACUUGUAGAAAGAACAGACAUAAAGAUUUUGUCUAGCACACCAAAUCCGGUUGCUAUGCAACAGAAGGUGAAAGGCGGUUUGUCACUUAAUGAAUCCAGCAAGUCUUGUGAAGAUUCGUUCAGUAAAGAUGAUACCAUUCAAGGCAGUAGGUCAGACAAAACACUUUCACAUCCAUCAGCAGGAGCUGAAGAGUUGCCAGGAUCUACAGCAAUCUCUAAGAGAGUAUCGGUGGAGUCUGGAGGUGUCAGACAGACGUCAAAGAAGCUGAUCAUAUCUUCAGAGCUGUCUGAUAAAAAACAUGCUGAUGAUAACUUGAAGAGGUUGCAGUCUGUCAAGGAAAGAGACAGAGAGAAUCGGAUGAAGAAAGCAAUACUAAAGAAAGCUUUGUCCAGUGUGGAUGGUGUUUGCUCAGCCAACAAGAAGAUAGUAUUUGACUCUGAUGAUGACUUUGAUCUUCCUACUACUACUGAACCAACAACAACAGUCAUCAAAACAAAGCAUAACGAUAAGCAACAGGCUGUGAACACCGGUCCAUCUCUGUUUGACAGCGAAGAUGACGAUGCUGGUGUUACUGCUGAUGGUGAAAUGUUUCAUCUAAGACAGCAGUAUGAGGGCAAGGCAGGAAGGAAGCUGUUAGCUCUGCAGUCACGGAUAGGAGCUGAUGAGAGGUUUCGAUUGGAUGAGAGGUUUGCUGACAGUGAGGAAGAAAAUGAUAAUGAUCAUGAUGAGAAAAAUGAACUGAGUGAGAAAGCACGAAAUCUGAAGAUUCUUGAAUCUGUUGUUGGACGUGACAAAGUAUAUAAACUUGACUACAAAAAGAAACAGUUCAAAGAUAUUGGUGCAGUUCGGUUUGACCCAUCUCAUGAAGACCACUCACAGUUUGAAAUUAAAAGAUCAGAAACUGAAGUGUCGAAGAAUGUCACCAAACCAGAAAAACAGAAAAAGAAAGCUAAGAAAGGCACAGAGGAAGUGGUAGAGGACGAGUUACCACAAGUAGACAAGACGCGGCAUUUUGAGGUGUCUACCUCAUUGAAGGACGCAUUUAAAAAGUCAUCAAGCAAAGAAUCAUUCUCAUUGCUGUCAGCAUUUGGACCCUCAAAGAACCAGUCGGAAUCUUCAGAUGAAGAAGACAUUGCUGUGAAACCCAGUUUGUCUCAUCAGGCAUGGCGACAAGAUAAUAAGAGUGAUGAAGAAUUGAUGUCGGCAUCCGAUAACAAUGAAGAUGGUUCUGAAACACCAGCAGCUAAGAGUGUACCAGCACCACCUAGAGUUAUCUUCCCUGUCAAGAACAGGACAUUUUUCUUCACCACUGAUGAUGAAAGGCUAAAAGAGGGUGUUCAGUAUUUCCUGCGACCCGCCAACUAUGAAGAUGUUGUCAGAAAAUGGAGAGAGAAAAGACGAGAUCUAAUCGAUGCUUUCAAGUUGAAGCACAAGCGAGCACUCAAGAGACUGCAAUCUAAGAACAGAUUUCAUAAAAAAUAGUUCCUGGAUGAUCAGAACACAAGAUGAUUAAAGGAUACAAUUUAAUAAAAAUAGUAAAGUUAUGAUCAGAAGAAAAUAUGAGAUGGAGGAGGGUGUGUGUCUGUUGGCCCCCCCCCACUGCAUUCAAGCAAAAUUGUUGAAGACUUUCAGGCAAAAUGAGUUGGCCUGAAUACUUUUCAUUAUGUAUUUAUAUCAUUCUGUGCAAAAUACAUUUUGUAUUUCAUGUACCAGUGCAUAGGAAUUCAUUGGAAACCCUAUAUUGCUGUUUGGUGGUAAUACAAAUAUGAAUCGUUGUUAUUCAGAUUUGGGCAUUUCCGUUUAAUUUAGUCAAAAAUCAGCCUGCAAAAAUGUAAGUCCAUACAGCUGUGACAACUGACAAAUCUUGAAUAAUAUGAAUAUUAGUUUAUAUGAGUGAUCUCCCUUGUUAGAUGAUGAAUAUGGGUAUUUUUGUGGGUAUUAAAAAUAUAUGAUUAUGUGUUAAUAAACACAUUGAAAAUG